AGUCCGCUUCCCCAAAAUUCAAGAUCCCACUACUUCCCACACGGCUAAACAUAAGCUGGCAGGCAGAGAAAGCAUCAAGGAAGCUCCUUCCACUCCUAGAAAAAAAAAUUUAUCCAGACGCCCAAUUACAAGCUGAACUCAAAAAAAAAAAUACCUUCCAAGUUCCAAAUUUUCUCCAACCAUCAAUCACUUGACACAACAAAAAAGCCACUCCCAAUCUUUCUCCCACCAAGUCGCGACCCAUGGGUAAGAAAGUCCUCGUCCGAAGCAGCAGAACCCUUCCCCUCACUCCCCCCACCUCCAUCCCUCCCCCUCCUCUCAAUUCCCCUUCCUCUAUCAAAAACCUCAACUUCAUCGGAAUCCAACCCAACCUGAACACCAUCCUUCACAGCCUCAAAUCCGGAGACUCUCUCAUCGGAAUCUGGGGCCCCGGCGGCGUCGGCAAAACCACUCUCCUUCGCUCCAUCCACACCACUCUGUACGCCGAAGCUCGCACCAGCUCUGCAACCUUCGAUUUCAUUAUCUUCUCCGAAGCUUCUCUAACCUACAAUCCCGAAUCGGUACAGCGCCACAUCGCUUCCCACCUCGGCCUAAAACUCCCACCUUUCGCGUCCUCAAAAGACAUAACCCAAUCCAUCUUCAACUGCCUGAAAAGACGAAGCUUCCUCCUCCUUCUCGACGAUCUGUGGGAUGCCGUUGACCUAACACUGCUCGGCAUCCCCGAACCCGCAGCCGCGCCGCUUUACCGCGCCGUUGUUAAAGACAUAACCCAAUCCAUCUUCAACUGCCUGAAACGACGCAGCUUCCUCCUCCUUCUCGACGAUCUGUGGGAUGUCGUUGACCUAACACUGCUCGGCAUCCCUGAACCCGCAGCCGCGCCGCUUUACCGCGCCGUUGUGUUUACGACUCGUUAUAAGGAAGUAUGUAAUAGAAUGGGUCGUAACUGCCGUCUUGUCCGCCUCGAUUGCUUGGCCAGCGAUGAUGCGUUUGCUUUGUUUUCUGAGAAAGUUGGACUCGAAACCCUAAAUUCAGAUCACCGAAUAAGAAAAAUUGCGGAAGAAAUCAUCAACGAUUACUGUCAAAGACUGCCGCUUGCUCUUACGGCCACUGGUGCAGCGCUGUCAUCGAAGAAGACUUAUGAAGAAUGGGUCGUAGCGGACAGAAAUUUGAAGAAAUCGUCUGCAAAUUUUCCAGGCAUGGGCAAGUCAUUUUUCCCCCUUUUAAAGCUUAGUUAUGAUAAUUUAGACGAUGGAGCGAAAAGGUGCUUCCUUUCUUGCGCUCUGUGGCCGGAAAACUACAGCAUUUGCAGCGAAGAGCUUAUUGAAUGUUGGAUGGGACUUGGAUUCAUCAACGAGGUUGAUAUCAGUGCAGCCUACUCUCAUGGCUGCCAUGUUAUUAACACCUUGAAAGGUGCAAGCUUGCUGACUCCUGGCGAUGUUGAGAGUGAAGUGAGGAUGCCUCAGACCAUCAGCGGACUUGCUCUGUGGAUUGCUUCUGACUAUGGAGUGAACAGGGAGAAGUGGAUUGUGACCCUGGAUUCUUCUCUGAAAACCGGGCAUCAUCAUUUCAAUUGGAGCAAUGCUGAGAGUGUUUCUUUCAUGUAUAAUGACAUUGAAGCAGUUCCUUUGCCGGCAAAAUGUGAAGGGCUGACAACACUGAUACUGAAGGGGAAUAUGUCAUUGACAAGCAUUCCUCCAGGAUUCUUUGCUCGGAUGCCUGCUCUCACCUACUUGGAUUUAUCGAAUACUGGGAUUGCUGCUGACAUUCGUAGGCUCACGAAGCUCAAAUACCUCAAUUUAAGUCAUACAAGAUUGAAUUCAUUACCUAUGGAUGUUGAACAUUUUAAAGAAUUGGAGUAUUUGCUGCUUUACAGAACUCUGAAUCUGAAGCCAAUACCUAGGAAGGUGCUCUUAGGACUUUCGAAGCUUCGGGUGCUUGAUCUUUCAGCCAGUGGCAAUGGGUAUGAUUUGGAUAUCAGGAACGGCGGUUCUAGCAGUAGUCAAGGAUGUAGAUCUGCUGCUGAUAUCCUGGACUUGGAGUGCUUUGGCAGGGACAAGAACCGCAAAUCAGCAUUGGCCCUAGGUAUCAUGGUAGUAUCAGUUAAGGCUGUAGGCAGGCUAUCCAAGCUUUCUGGUGUAUGCACAAGACGGCUAUGUAUGAACAAUCUUGAGGGAUUCCAAGGAACCCUUGAUCUGCUCUCCCCAGACUUGCUUGGAACCACCAAUGGAAGGAUUGGGAAGAGGCUCAGGGAGCUGACCAUCAUGAACUGUGACAGAUUGGUGAAGCUUAUGAUGGUCGAUACUUCUCGUGAACCGGCGGUGAAGAGGACUGCAGCAGCACAUGGCCCCUGUCUUCUGAGUCUUGAGAUUCUGCAGUUCUUGGAGCUGAGAAGAAUGAAAGAGAUAAGUUGGAGAGGAGUCACAGCCGAAGACUUGCUUCCAAGCCUUAGAGAGUUAACAAUAUACAAAUGUGAUGAACUGAAGAAUGUUAGCUGGGUGCUAAAGCUGCCAUCUUUGGAGUACUUGCAGCUACAAGAAUGUGCUGGGAUGGAAGACGUGAUUGGAAAUGAAGCAAAUGCAAUCAAAAUGGCCGAACAGGCAUUUCCUAAACUGAAAGGAAUGAUUUUGGAUGAACUUCCAUGCUUGCGUAAAAUUUGUAGCCAAACAUUGUGUUUCCCUGCAUUGGAAUCUCUGCAGGUUUCUGGGUGCCUAAAGCUGGUAAAACUUCCCUUUGGCCCUGAGAUAAGAAGCAGCAAGCUGAAGAAAAUUCAAUGUGAGAAGAUGUGGUGGGAAUGUUUGCAGUGGGAGGAUAAGAGCAUCAAGAGACAGCUGCUUGACUUCUGCUUCUUUAUUCCACCUCGAGCGCCAUUAACUACUCUUCCUUCUCGACGGUCUGAGCCAGUUGAGGAGAGGAAUGGCUCAUUGGGUUCUUUCUACCGUGCAGUGCUUUUGCCUCUAUCACUGCCUCUUUUUUUGUUGCCUUUGAGCACGGUGUUACCUUCUUCAGUUUUGUUGAUAUGCGUGUUUCUCCUCUUUGUGGCAAGAUGGGGACUUUUGCAGAGGUAGCGGAAGGAUGAAACGUAGAGUUGAAGCA